GGUGAAGCAUGGAAGAGGGGUGUGCGUAUUUGCUCGGGCGGAUAACUGAAGAAAACCUAUUUUCCAUCUGUUCUAUUUAAUUUUUUAGUUUUCCAUGACUUUACCAAUAACCAAAUAACGUUAUACUACCAAAUGUUUUUAUUUUUAUACCGCGAAGUGUUCUCUCAAUCUUAAAAUUUAUUUUAAUCACCACUGCGGUUGUUUGUACUGCUGUUUUUAUUAUUGAUAUUUUUAUUUCAUCGUUACUGUGUGCAAAUAUUUUCAAAAAUCUUACUGAAAACGCAAGUGUAAUACGUAAAGAGGUUUUAAUACGGAAAACCGUAAAUUUUAAUCGAAAUAUUGAGAAAAAAAAAUAUUAAAAAAAUAUAAAUUCAAACAUGUCUGACGGUCAUGGGGAGCCGAAUCAGCUGAAUUCAAGUAGAAAAGAAAGUGUUGCAGCAGCUAAUGUGCCUAGUGAUAGUCCUGUGACGGACCCUGGGCAGGUGCGUGGCGGGAACGCGGAGGCUGGUGCAGCAGCAGGCAAAUUCGAGGGCCAGCGCGGGAAAUCAGGCGCUUUGAAAAAAUCUGCCCGAUACAGGAGCAGAUCUCUUUCCGCAUCAUCUGCAGAUUCCUACAGUUCUACGUCAUAUACUGUUGUGCCAAGUACGACUGCCAUUCUCGAAGCUCAGAGUUCUGGAGAUGCAGGGUCAUCAUCAGACGAAGAUGAAGGAGUCCAGCCUCACGAGAAGGCCAUCGCAGCUGGACAGCCGAACCCAGCGUAUUGCGUCAGGAACAUUGAACAGCAUGCCUUCGGGAGACGGGAGAUCGAGAUUGCUGAACAGGAGAUGCCGGGCAUCAUGGCUCUCAGAGCAAGGGCUAAGGAUGAUAAGCCUUUGAAGGAUGCUAAGAUAGUAGGCUGUACCCACAUAAACGCGCAGACGGCGGUGCUGAUCGAGACGCUAGCAGCACUGGGCGCGACCGUGCGCUGGGCAGCCUGCAACAUAUACAGCACGCAGAAUGAAGUAGCGGCCGCUUUGGCGCAUGCCGGCUACGCAAUAUUCGCGUGGCGCGGGGAAAGCGAGGAAGCGUUCUGGUGGUGCAUCGACCAGUGCUGCACCCCCACAGCCACGUGGACCCCCAACAUGAUCCUCGAUGAUGGGGGGGACGCCACCCAUCUCAUGCUGAAGAAACACGCCGCGGCCUUCAAACAUAUUAAGGGUAUAGUAGAGGAGAGUGUGACGGGCGUCCACCGCCUGUACCAGUUGAGCAAGGCGGGCAAGCUGUGCGUGCCUGCCAUGAAUGUCAACGACUCCGUCACCAAGACCAAGUUCGAUAACUUAUAUUCUUGCCGGGAAAGUAUAAUAGACGCGUUGAAGCGCAGUACUGAUCUAAUGUUUGGGGGUAAGCAGUCGGUCGUCUGCGGGUACGGCGAGGUCGGCAAGGGGUGCUGUCAGGCGCUCAAGGCACUGGGAUGCGUUGUGUACGUGACAGAGAUAGACCCAAUAUGCGCGUUACAAGCCGCCAUGGAUGGGUUCAGAGUCGUCAAAUUAAAUGAGGUGAUAAGACAAGUGGACAUAGUGAUAACGGCGACGGGCAACAAGGGCGUGGUGACGCGCGAGCACAUGGAGCGCAUGAAGAACGGCUGCGUGGUCUGCAACAUGGGACACAGCAACACCGAGGUCGACGUGCACGCGCUGCGCACGCCCGACCUGCUCUGGGAGCGGGUGCGGAGCCAGGUGGACCACAUAAUAUGGCCAAACGGCAAGCGCAUAGUCCUGCUAGCGGAGGGUAGACUGGCGAACCUGUGUUGUUCCUCGCUGCCGUCGUUCGUGGUCUCGGUCACGGCCGCCACGCAGGCGCUCGCUCUCAUUGAGCUAUACAACGCGCCGCAUCAUCGGUAUAAGCAGGCUGACGUAUACCUAUUACCAAAGAAAAUGGACGAGUACGUGGCGAGUCUACACCUUCCCACGUUCGAUGCCCACCUCACGGAACUGACGGACGAGCAGGCGAAAUACUUAGGCUUAAAUAAAGUAGGCCCAUUCAAACCAAACUACUAUAGGUACUAGCAUAGAAUAGCAUACCGUAAUAAUAACGAUCGACGGUGAAAAUACGCCACGCAGUCGCCACGCAGUUGCCACGCACUCGCCACGCAGUCGCCCCGCAGUUGCGACGCAGGUAACGUUUAGAGUUUAGUAAGUUUGCUUUGUGUAUAAAAAUUGUUUAGUUUGAAUGAUUGGGGUGUUUUGUAAUUUGUAUGAUAUGAUAGUGAUUCUAGCGGGGAUGUAGCGUUUUUGUUGCGUGCGUACAACGUUUUGGUAUCGUCAUGAGCUAAUGUUGACAUGUAAACAGCAGCUCAUGUAGUGUAGAUGUCCCGUCAACAAGGAUGUAGCGAGGUUGACUGUUUAAUCUACACACUAAAUAGAGUAGAUGACUAAUUAUUAUUAUUUUAAUGUCCGUCUUGUAGAUUAUUUUAAAAUAUUAGACACGUAUUUUUUAUUUUCUUACAGAAACAAAUACUUUCGGAGAUAUAUU